AUGGAUAAUGAAGGCAGUUUUUACAAUGGGGAAGAAGCCUAUAAACUGUUCUCAAAGAAGCUAAUUGACGCCUCCAACAACGACGACGUUGAAGUACAUACGCUCAUGUUGUUGCCCUACAAUGAUCAUCUGAUCCGAUUCCCAGGCAGGCAGUUUUACCUGCGUGACAACAGUACUUUCAUUAAACCCAACGAUGAUGAGAUACCCAUGAUCAUCAAGAAGAAGAAUUACUUGUGUAAAAAGAUUUCAACGUUUGUGUCUUUGAUGUCAUGGACAAUAAGGACAGUCAAGUCUGGUUAA